AUGCGAAUUAAAGGAGCCAUCAAAGAGCCCCCCGAGCGGCUUGAGCGGCGCAAGUUCCUGUUCCAACUAGAGGCCCGAAUUGAAGCGCGCGAGGAGAAUGAGUUUAUGGCAAGCCAGCUGCGGAGUCUGGGCAUUGACGUCCAACAUAUGUCUCUGGAUGAAUCUUCAGACUCCAAGCCGAACUUCUUUACGCCACGGCCAAACGUUCCCGAGGCCACUGACGACGAUCUUGAGGACAGGUAUGAAGCCUUAACUGCUAAUGCUGGUACUGCUAUGCUACUUCUACUUCUACUUCUGAGGCAUUCCUUUCUAGUUGCCUCUGCUAGCUCUCUGUUUUUUGAAGGACGAAAAGCGCCAGGGCUAUAG